UUACGUUUAGUCCCCUUGCUGUAAUGACUGAUGCUGAUGUCAAAAAAAGAAAAUCAUUAUCUAAAGUAUGGCCAGGAAUCAUUUUGCUACUUUGUUUCUUUCAUAUUAGUCAAUGCUGCAAAAAUGAAAUUAAUAAACAAUUAGGUCGUGGUGGUGAAAAUAAAGUAAUUCUUUUAAGACAAACCUUAAAAUUAUUUUUAAAAAGUAUUAUAAAAGAGGCUCAGUCGAUAAAUGGUAGUGAAGAGAUAUGGGCUAGAGAUCUUCUGUAUAGUUGGUGUCUAAAUGGACGAAUGAAAGCCGCAAAUGCCCUUGGAAUUCCUUUAGAAAAACUCACUACUACGAAUAACCACCUUGAAGGAAUGAAUGAAUAUUUGAAAAAUAAUCAAUUAAAUCAAUUUCAAAGAAGUGGCCACCUUCUUAGAGCUGAUAUACUUUAUAUUGCUCUUGUAUAUGAA